CGCGUAUAUAUAAACUCGCUAGCCUCAGUCCCAGCAUACUGUGAUAAGCCGCGGUAACUACAAGUACCUUGUACCAAGUUUGCUAUAAACAAUUUUCAUACAAAAUGUAUAAGUUUGUUGUGUUUGCUUUAGUCGUGGUGGCCUGCCUGGCUAGGGAGCUGAAACGAUGCCCGCUGGUUAGGGAGCUACGGGCACAGGGGUUCCCUGAGGACAAGUUGAGAGAUUGGACGUGCCUGGUGGAGAACGAGAGCAGCGGGCGCACGGACGCCAAGGGCACGGUGAACAAGAACGGCUCCCGCGACUACGGGCUCUUCCAGAUCAACGACAAGUACUGGUGCAGCAACACCACAACUCCUGGCAAGGACUGCAAUGUCACGUGCGCCGACCUGAUGACGGACGACAUCACGAAGGCCUCAACGUGCGCGAAGAUCAUCUUCAAGCGGCACGGAUUCCGCGCGUGGUACGGCUGGCUGAACCAUUGUGAUGGCAAGCCCCUUCCUGACAUCAGCGAGUGCUAUUAGGCUUUGCCUGUAUUUGUAUUGAGAAAUAAUUAAUAGAUCUUUAUGUUAAAGGAAAA